CCAGGUGGGCUGUGUCACUGUGUCGUCGCCAUGUUGCCCAUCGCCUAGACUACCCGGCUUCCGAGUAGACAUCAUUGCUUACCCUAUUUACUAUGGCCUUGCGGGUUGAGGCAAUCGUGGCCAGCCCUGCGCACAUAUUUGAUCGUCUACACCGCAUAUCCAGGUAGUUUGCACUGUCUUGCGUGCUGAGUAUUGCCUCGCCAACCCCCCUUUCGAGAUCGGAAUGGCUGAGGUGGAUGUGGCACCGACGCUUGGUGCUGAGCUGAAGGAUGGCUUCAAGCCUGCCAAUGCUUGGGUCGCCAACGGCAUUGCCUGGCUCGAUGACAUCCAGAACUUCUACCGAGAACGGAGUGCUCUGGAGAAGGAACACAGCGCGAGGCUGAAUGCAUUGGCCAAGAAAUAUUUCGAGAAAAAAACGAAAAAGUCCACUAGCUUGAGCGUUGGUGACACCCCUACAAUGACACCAGGCUCUCUGGAAAGCGCCUCCCUCACUAUAUGGAAUACCCACUUGGCCACACUCGAAGCACGGGCCGACGAGCACGAGCGCUAUGGGAACGAGUUGAUACACAAGGUUGCCGACCCUUUGAAGCACUACGCUACCAAGUUUGAAGAGCUGCGCAAACGCCAUGCCGACUACGCCGCCAAGCUUGAGGCAGAAAGGGAUGCAUCUUACGUCGACCUCCGGAAGGUCAAGACCAAAUAUGACACCGUCUGUCAAGAGGUCGAGAGCAAACGCAAGAAAUCAGAAAGCUCCUUCGACAAAGCCAAAGCGCAGAGCAAUUAUCAACAACAACUACAAGAGAUGAACAAUAUGAAAAAUACAUAUCUGAUAGCUAUCAAUGUGACCAAUAAGCAGAAGGAAAAAUACUACCAUGAGUUCAUGCCUGAGGUUAUGGAUAGUCUACAAGACUUGUCAGAGUUCCGGACUCUCAAACUCAACGCUAUAUGGACCAUGGCAGCUAGUCUAGAGUCAACAAUGCUGACACAGAGCAAUAGCCUCCUAGACCAUUUAACACAAGAAAUUGCUCGCAAUCAGCCUCAUCUUGACUCUAUGAUGUAUAUCCGUCACAAUAUGGGCGCUUUUCAAGAGCCGUCUGACAAGGUAUUCGAGCCAAGCCCAGUAUGGCACGACGAUGACGCUAUGGUCACGGAUGAACCCGCCAAGGUGUUCUUGCGGAAUGUAUUAAAUAAAUCGAAGGGUCAACUAGGAGACCUGAAGAGGGAAGUUGACAAAAAGCGGAGGGAGGUCGAAUCAGCCAAGCGUCUAAAGCAGAAAGUCCGUGAUGGGACUGAAAAGAAAGACGAGGUUUUGGUUGUUACGCAUCUCUUUGCUUUGCAAGAAGAUUUACACCAGGUCGACCGUAGACGCUUGACCGCCGAAGUCGAAACGUCUACUAUAAUGUCUGCAGUUGGUGAUGUAACAUUGGGAGCCAAAAACCACAACUUCAAAUCUCAAACAUUCAAAAUCCCGACCAACUGCGAUUUAUGUGGAGAGCGGAUAUGGGGCUUGUCAGCCAAAGGAUUUGACUGCAGAGACUGUGGGUAUACGUGCCACAGUAAGUGCGAGAUGAAAGUGCCACCAGAAUGCCCCGGAGAACUGUCAAAGGAGGAGCGCAAGAAGACCAAGGCAGAUCGCCAAGUAGCUGCAGGCGCCCUAGUUCAACCCGCUGUAGGAUCCUCAGAUCAUGUUGCGGAAUUACCUGAUCUCACUCGAUCCAACACCAUGAAUUCUCUGAGUUCCGGGUAUGCAGCUAGUGCUCAUCGGUCAAUUAGUGGUCAGAUGACGACGAAUUCGCGCCCCUCUGAAGAGGCCACUCCUGAGCUUCCAGGCUCACGACCUGCCGCUCGGAAGCCUCGAAUGAUGGCGCCACCUCCUACUACUUACAUCAGCGAGCUCCCCGGAAGCUCCGUUAACGGUUCUGCUACGGCCAAGUCGAACGAACAGAAAGGGAAGAUGCUUUAUGCCUUUGAGGCAGGUGGCGAAGGUGAGAUAAGUGCGACGGAAGGCCAGGAAGUGACGAUAUUGGAACCAGACGAUGGAUCUGGAUGGGUCAAAGUGCGCGCCGGGUAUAAGGAAGGGGUCGUACCCGGAGCGUAUCUAGAAAUAUACGCAGCCCCCAUCGUGCCCCAAGAUACAGGAUCAUCCCAGACGCGUCCUGGAUCAACAUACUCAAAUUCGGGGUCGUCUAUCGGCACAUCAGCACCAGCCGUCAAGAAAAAGGGGCCGGCUGUUGCACCUCGUCGUGGGGCGAAGAAGCUCAAAUACGUAGUAGCUCUCUAUGACUAUGCGGCGCAAAGCGAAACUGAACACACUAUGACAGAAGGAGAGCGUUUUGUACUCAUUAAAGAUGACCCAGGAGAUGGUUGGGUAGAAGUUGAAAAGGGUGGCUCGACGAGGAGCGUGCCGGCGAGCUAUGUUCAGGUGGCAUAAGCCCCCAUGUUUCCAUCUAAGAACGUAUGUUAAACCGAAGUUAUUCUUGCAUUGGGAGGGGGGCAUAGCAUUGCAUAGCAAUUGGUUGGGCACUUGAGCCGUUACAUGAAAUGAUAUAUAUAGGAGAGUGAGGACCGAAGAUUGUACAAUAAAGCAUAGCGAGAAGAGGCUAAUUACGACUUGAUCAGGCGGCUUCCCUUCUUUUGUAUGUGCUUUCGCCCUUUCACAAGGUUAUUGCUACGGUUUACCAGGCAAUAUGGUCACAUAGGCCGUAUGAGUA